AAGAUUUUAAAUUAGUAAUUGAAUAAUUAUUUGUGUAAUCUUAAACGUUCUGUACUUUGAACAUAUAUCAUGCUUUCUUUCGACAUUGAUAUUACAACAGAAAUAGUUAUUGCGUAGAAUAUUGCACAAUUUGUUAUUAGUGUUGCACAGAAGAUUGAUAUUAAAUUAAAUAUUUCAAAAUGGGAAACCAAGCAUCUUCAAGACAUUGGUACGAAACUGCUGAGAAAAUAAAGGAAUAUUAUAUUAAAGCUUUCACUGAUAUUGAAAAAGGAAUUACUUGUGAGGAAAAUGAAAAACCACAUGAGGCUCUCAAAUAUUACAAAUUGGGAAUCUAUCACAUAGACCAAGCUCUUAAAAUACCAGUGGAAUACCCAGAAAAUGUUAUGGAUGAUAGCUUCAAAGAAGCUGUCGCGAUGGUGCAGAAGAUGAAAGGAACAAGAGGAGAAGUUCUUCAGAGAAUUACUCAAAUUAUGAAAUCACCUGCUUACGAAAAGGAGAAGAGCGCUUCACCAGAAUUGGGAACUGAAGGAUCUAUCACUUACAGUGAUUUAGCAAAGGCUCUAGAAAAUCUCAAAUCAUCAACUUUGCGAUCAGAAUCAACCGCAGUAGAAGUAUUUAAAUGUAAUGAUGUGAAAAUAUUUCAAAUAAAAGCUGAUGGCACAGUAACCUCUCAUACUAUUGAACCGGAAUUGAGUGUAGUGAAAAUUACAGAUAAUCGAGAUCAUACUUAUUCUAUGAAAGCAGGUGAAUGGGUUUACCCAUUGAUACCUGGUGUAUCUCCAUGCUACAGGGCCAAGUUUAAAGCUUUUAUUUUUCCUGAUUUAUUUUCAACUAUACCUGGAAAUGCCAUUGGUUUGGUUGUACCUGAAAAAUUUGAUGAUCAGUUACUAUCACUUCUGGAAGAUAUAUUACAUGGAAUUGUCUAUCAAGGAGCUGAAUCUCAUUCUUUGUCAGUGAAGAAAGAAGUUCCUGCUGGUGAUGUGAAACCAUGUACUACUGCUGAGUCAAUAGUAUAUGGACUUACAACCGGUGCAAAAUAUGUGAGUUGGGGACUUCUCAAAGGUGCUGAGAAAACUAGUAAUCUCAUGAAUUAUGUAACUCCUAAAAUUAUUUCUAACAUGCGUCCAGCUAAUGAUGCUCAACAAGAAGUUGUAUCUGAAAAAGUAACUUCUGGUAUAAAUGUGGCCAGAAAUGUUACUGGUGCUGCUGUUGAAGUAACUGGAUUUGUUGCUGAUAAAGUGAGUUUGGCUACAGUUGCCUUAGGACGAUUUUUGGCACCUCACAUUCAAAAGCAAGGUACUAAAGUGCUUCAAUCUGGUUUUAAUUUGUCUGAAGAAGAUGCGAAGAGCAAGAUGGGUGGUAUUUUGACUAUGGCUUCUGGAGCAGUUGAAGGAUUUGCUACCGUUUAUUCUGGCUUAGAACAAUCUGCUUCCAUUUUAGGCGAAAACUUCAAAAAUAAUACAGUAAAAGUGGUUGAACAUAAAUAUGGUCAUAAUGCUGGAGAAGUUGUCUCGGGAACUCUAUCUACUGUAGGAAAUGCACUUGCUGUUUCUGAAAAUGUUCAAGGUCUUAAGCCCAAAAAACUUGCCAAGAAAACUGCCAAAGCUGCUGGCAAAGCUGUUAUCGAAAGUGAAGUAUCAGGAAAGUCACCAGAAAACGAUGACAAUCUAAUUGAUGAUAGUGUUAUGUACCCAGAUCUUUCAGAACUCAGUAAACAGUUGCAGAUCUCUGAAAGACGAGCAGAUCUAUGAUUAAGAUAAGUGGUUUUCAAUUGAAAAAAGUAUAAGCUUUCUUACAAUAAUUCAAGUUUGAUAUCAUUUCGGAUGCGUAUUCUAAAUUUAUUUGGUAUUGUUUUAGAGAUCUUGCCCUAUUGCAUUUCUAUUAUUUUAGACAAAAACCAUCAUUUAAGUUGACUGUACUUUACUCUUUUUUAACAAUAGUAAUAGACUUUUAUAAUCAAUAAUUUAUUGAAGGGUUCGGAAAUUAUUUUGGUAAUCCAAUUUAUAUGAAUCUCAUUGUUUUAAUAUCAUUUAUUUUAUUAUUUAUUAUCAUAAAAUCCUUCUUA